UUCAUCAAAUAAUAACUGGAAUCAUUUAAGGUGGAGCAAGAAACCAACUUCAGCUUCAGGGAAGUGAAAAGAAGUGGAGUGACCAGUUAACCAAGUUUUAUCGUCAUGAUCCAUUAAAGCCCUGAUCAGCAUUAGCUUCAGCUUUAUGUGUAAAUACCCUGAUUACACUCUACAAUGAAUCACUGUGGAGAAAGUGCUCCCAAAGUUCCCAGCUUGGACAAGUUGGACGGUCUAAGCUGCAUCUCUCUGAAGAGUUCGAAUUCGAUGCUGGAGCCAAUUGAAUUGAAAAAGGCACCUUCUCUCAUACAAAGCCUCUGCAAGCAGCCAGGUCUGAUCCCACAUCCAUCAUCGCUGCCUGAACCGGUGAUUCCAACAUCCAGUAGUAAUGGAUCCGAAGCCUAUCCUGGAAACAAUGGGUGUGAAGCGAAGAUACACUGGAAUCAUGCUAAGUCUGGCUCUCAUACAGAUACCGAAGUAAAGCUGCAUCAGGAGCAUAAAAAUAGGCUCAAGGCAAAAUUUCAGCACAUUUACCAUGACCUGACAGUAAAGGGUGAGUCAACGUUGUUGAAGGACAUUUACACAGAGCUCUACAUCACCGAGAGUGAUGGCGGGAAUGUCAAAAUGGAGCACGAGGUGAGGCAGAUUGAAAUGCUCUCCAGGGCCCAAAGUACAGUAGAAAUACAAAUCAGAUGCAACGACAUCUUCAAGCCCAUGCAUGGACACGGAAAACCAGUUAGGAGUGUCCUGACAAAGGGAGUUGCCGGGAUUGGAAAAACAGUGUCUGUACAGAAAUUUGUCUUGGAUUGGGCUGAAGGCAAAGCGAAUCAAGAUAUCGAUCUGAUUUAUCCAUUUGCGUUCCGUGAACUCAACCUGAUGAAGGGGGAGACGUUUAGUCUGAUCAAGCUUCUCCAGCGUGGAGACAUGGAAACAGCUCUUCAUUGCCGAAUUCUUUUUAUCCUCGAUGGACUGGAUGAAUGCCGCUUUCCCUUAGACUUUCAGAACAACCAGAGAGUGUCUGAUGCAGCAGAACGAGUGUCUCUCGAUGUUCUACUGACCAACCUCAUCAGUGGAAACCUGCUUCCUGAUGCUCUCCUCUGGAUCACUUCUCGUCCAGCAGCAGCCAGUCAGAUCCCUGCUCAGUGCAUUGACCUGGUGAGUGAAGUACGAGGAUUUAAUGACCCCCAGAAGGAGGAGUAUCUCAGGAAGAGAAUUAGCAACCAGAGACUGGCUCACAGAAUCAUCACUCACAUCAAGUCCUCAAGGAGUCUUUUCAUUAUGUGCCACAUUCCUGUCUUCUGCUGGCUUUCUUCAACUGUUCUAGAGAGAACCAUCAGUUCUGAGGAUGAUGAGAAAGUUCCCAAGACUCUGACUCAAAUGUACAUACAUUUCCUCCUAAUCCAAACCAGAACUAAAAACAAAAGGUACUCUGACAGCACUCAGGGUUCAUCUGACGAAGGCAUGAUUCUUAAACUGGGCAAGCUGGCCUUUCAGCAACUAGAAAAGGGCAACCUGAUAUUUUAUGAGGAUGAUCUCAGGACUUGUGGCAUCGAUGUCAGGGAAGCCGUGGUCUACUCAGGAGUGUGCUCACAGAUCUUUAAAGAAGAAUGUGCCUUGACUCAAAAUAGUAAAGUGUACUGCUUUGUGCAUCUAAGCAUCCAGGAGUUUCUCGCUGCCGUAUACGUGUUCCUCAUGUGUAAAUGCUACAAGUGUAAUGUUCUUGACCAGACAAGUUGCAAUACAACAGAUGCUACCCAAGCACUGAACAAUAUCCACAAGAACGCCAUUGACAGAGCCUUAAAGAGUGAAAACGGGCACUUGGAUCUUUUUCUCCGUUUCCUUUUAGGACUUUCUCUGGAGUCCAACCAGAACAUCCUGCGCUGUUUGCUUCCAAAGGUUGGACCCAGCCUUCGAAACACAGACGAGACGGUCAAAUACAUCAAGAUGAAGAUAGAGGAGAACUCAUCCAACGAGAAAUCUAUCAAUCUCUUUUACUGUCUGAAUGAGCUUAAUGAGCUCUCUAUAGUGAAGGACGUUCAACAGUACGUGAACUCAGAGAGUUCCUCCAAACUUUCCCUCACACAGUGGUCUGCCCUCGUCUUUGUAUUGCUGACGUCUGAGACGAAACUUGACGUGUUCGACCUAAAGAAGUACAUCAGAUCAGACGAAGGUCUCCUGAGGCUGAUGUUGGUGGUCAAAGCUUCAGAAACUGCUCUGCUGGAUAACUGUGGACUCACCGAGAGAUGCUGUAAAGCACUGGGCUCUGCGCUCGGCUCUGAUUCCUCUAACCUACUGGAGCUGAAUUUAAGUAGUAACUCUAUUGGAGACAAAGGGCUGAGGUUUCUUACAGAAGGACUGGGAAAUGCCACAAGUAAAUUAAAGAAACUGAGGCUUUCAUAUUGUAGAAUCACACCACAAGGCUGUUCCACUUUGGCCACACAGCUCCUUCCCAGACUUGCACACCUAAAUGUAUUGGACCUGAGUGAGAACAGCUUGAGGCAGACAGGAAUUCAACUACUGGCUACUCAUCUCAAGAAUCCAGAUUGCAAACUUGAGAUUCUCAGACUGAAGGACUGCAGAGUUACUCCAGAAGGAAGUAAAGCACUAGCUUCGGCUCUGAUCUCGAAUCCGUCGCAUCUGAAAGAGCUGGACCUUCACUGGAACAAUCCAGGAGACGACCCAGGAGUUGAGCAGCUGGCGGAUGUCCUGAAGGAUCCACGCUCUAAGCUUGAAGUCUUAUGGUUAAGUUAUGGCGUGCUCACCGAGAAAUGCUGCAAGCCUCUCGCUUCUGUGUUCAGUUGUGGCACUGCCCAUCUCAAAGCGGUGGACCUGAGCGGAAAUUCAAUACAGGACACGGGAGUGGAGAUGCUCUCUGCCGGUCUGAGAAGCCCACACUGUAAACUGGAGAUACUGAGGUUGGCAUUUUGCAGUAUCACAGAAAAAGGAGCUGAAGCUUUGGCUUCUGCUCUUUCUGCAAAUCCUCAAACACUCAAAGAACUGGACCUGAGUGAGAACCCUGUCAGAGACUGUGGACUGAGAGCGCUCUCACGUGUGAUAAGGGAUUUUAACUGCAAAUUGCAGACACUCAGGCUUAGUCAGAGUGAAGUCACGGAAGACGGCUGUGUCGCUCUUGCUUCAGCUCUGACCUCGAAUCCUGUCCAUCUGCGAGAGCUGAACCUGGGAAACAACAAGCUAACAGACGCCGGGAUCAAACAUCUUUGCCAUGUGCUAAGCGCUGAAAUGUCCCGAUUAGAGAUAAACGAGUGCUGCUUAACCGAGAGCUGCUGCGACUCUCUGGUGUCGGUUCUCCUGAAAGAAUGCUCCAGCCUAAAAGUAUUAAAUCUGGGAGGAAAUCAUCUGCUGGACUCAGGAGUGAAGACUCUUUGUGUCGGGCUAGAAAGUCCAAACUGCAAACUGGAGACGUUGAGGCUGUUUAACUGUGGAGUCUCGGAGAAAAGCUGUGAAUUUUUAGCAUCAACUCUGAGUAGAAAGCCCUCAGUCUUAAAAGAACUGGACCUUAGCGAAAAUGAGCUUAAAGACACGGAUACAAAGCUGCUGAACAUCUUACUCGAAGACCCAAGCUACAAACUGGAUCGACUCAUUUUGUACUGAACAACACAAGGGAGGCACUGACGCUGGAAUACGGUGACAAAUGGACAUAAUGGACUGUUAUACCAGACAACCUGUAGUCAUUUCAGAACUGUUCCUCAAUCACUCCUAAUUAUCUCUCUUUGAAGCCGUUAUAUUUAUUGAAUAUCCUUACGCCAUCAUCUUGCACUUUUUUAUGAGUGAUAUAUUGCAUAUACACUCAUGGUUUGUUUUGUUUCAGAAAGGAACUACUUUAAUGUCUCCUGUUUUUACAGUUAUAGUAACAGCAGUGCUGUUUGUCUGAUAGAUUUAGAUUAUAUGAUCAUAUUGCUGUUUUUUUAAGUAACUUCAGAUGACUGAAUUGUAUUGAAUAUUGAAUUGUGUUAAUAU